CGCGCCGGGCCGGCCCCGCCGUCGGUCGGGCAGCGCGCGCGGGGAAGGAGCCCGCGCCCAUGGCCGGGGCCGCGACGGCCGAGCGGGGCCGCGAGCCUCCCGCCGCGCCGGCACCCGCGCCCGCGCCCGCGCCCGGGCCGAGCACCGAGGGGCUGCCGCGCGCCUUCCUGCAGAGCCUGCGCACGCUCUUCGACAUCCUGGACGACCGGCGGCGCGGCUGCGUGCAUCUGCGGGAGAUCGAGUCCCGCUGGCAGGGCGCCGACGCGCGCGAGCUGCCCCGAGGCGUCCUCGAGGGCCUGCGCCAGGUGGCCCCGGCCAGCGGCUACCUGACCUUCGAGCGCUUCGUGGCCGGCCUGCGCGCCUCGCUGCUGAGCGCUGACGGCGGCCCGCGGGGCCCCGCGCGCGCCCCGGCCCGGCCGCCGCCGCCGCCGCCGCCGCAGCGUCUGGCUUUCGCUCCGGCCGACGAGCCGCGCACCGUGCUGGAGAGGAGGCCCCUGCCCCAGGGCCCGCGGAGCCCCGAGCGGCCGUGCGGCCCGGCGGAGGCGGCGCCCUGCCCCGCGGAGCCGGAGCGGCCCCAGGGCGCGGCGCUGGAGCGGAGCAGGAGCGCAGACGCCGGUGCAGCGGCCUGCAGGGCCCCCCAGGCGGGCACAGGGGACAGCCGGCGGGGACCCCGUGCCCGAGGGGAGCGUCGGAGGCACACCAUCACCAACGGCGUGGACUGCAGCCUGGACUUUGGGGCUGCAGGGGGGCCCCGCCCCCUGGGGCAGCUGCUGCCCAAGGUGCAGGAGGUGGCCCGGUGCCUGGGGGAGCUGCUGGCCGCGGCCUGUGCGGGCAGGGCUCCGCCCACGUCCUCCCUGGGGCCGCAGUGCCCAGCCCUGGCGUCCACCUCGCCCCCGGCCCCUGGCCGGCAGCAACAGACCAUUCUCAUGCUGAAGGAGCAGAACCGGCUGCUCACGCAGGAGGUGACCGACAAGAGCGAGCGCAUCACGCAGUUGGAGCAGGAGAAGUCCGCGCUCAUCAAGCAGCUGUUUGAGGCCCGCGCGCUCAGCCAGCAGGACGCGGGGCCUCUGGACUCCACCUUCAUCUAGCGGCCAGGCCAGGACGCGGACUUGGAGCUGGCUUGGGUGGGGCUGCCAUGCCCGGUCGGCUGGACAGUGCGGUCCCCUCGCAGUACCGGCUACCAGGCAGCCCUGCCCCCACGUUUACGAGGACCGGUGCUCUCCCUCCCCUGACCCUGGGCUGCUGCAUCCGCAGAGAAAGGCCCUGGUCACUCCGGCUGCACUUCGGACAGUGGCCAGCAGAGGGCGCGGCGUGAGCGCUGCUCGUGCCCCUGGCGCCCCCUUGUGGCAGCCAGGGUGGAGUGGCCUCCGAGAGCCGGAGAGCCCGCCGUGUCCCUUUGGGUCCAGGGCUACUUCCCUCAAGGGAAGGCGCUGAUGGGAGCAGAUGGAGAGCUAGGAGGGGCUCAGGGGUGGGGUCUGGGUCCCUGCCUGGCAGAGGUGGAGAAGGAAUCAGCUCCACUUUUCGUCCCCCCUGGGCAGGACGCUGCCGCCGGCUACCUGUGGUCACCACCGAAGGACCCCACCACUGGAGGGUCCUGGGCAGAGUCCCCCCACCCGGCUGUGCACAGAGAGAGGACAGGAAGCAGCUGGGCAGGGCCCCCCGCCACCGUCACUCCUGUCCCACUGCCCAUGGCCAGUCAAGGUCACCCCAGAGCUCCGUGGUGUGGGGACCACCCCUGGAACCCCCCGCCUCGGAGGCUAGGCCCUGGCAGGUGUGGCGCCGGCUCCCUCCUGCCCAUGGUGGCCCCACAGACCUGGCUUCCCGCUCAGCUGCCGGGUGCCCAGGGUCAGACCCAAAUCACACCAAGGCCAAGGGCAAGGUGUCCCUACACAGUGCCUGCGGCCGGGGCCCCCAGGACCCCAGCCCCACGAGCGCCCCCAGAUCGGCCUCUGCCUUGUGACCCGGUGCCCCCCCUUCUCAAAGACCUGUGCCCCACUCAGGGCAGACCCCGGCCCUGACAGGUCAGGCCACGGCUGGGGGCUGUGCGUGUGCUGCUCGCCUCCGCCCACCUGGGCAGGCACCCCCGGCUGCCCCUCCCACACAGAGCUGCGGGCCGAAACCUGGUCCCCAGGGGAGAAGCACACAGGCCCCGCCCUGCUGGGGAGAGUCCGGGCUGUGUGUGGGGUGCCCUCCCCCUGCCCAGGCGCCUGGGUGUUGUAACAAAGUUGCCGGCUGAGACUCCCUGCUGUGGUUGGACGGGCAGGGCUGGGCGGACCACCCUGCUUUAGAGGGACCUGAGCCCCCGCCCCCAGCUCUGUGCAGGCCCCGCUCCAAGGCAGGCAGCGGAGCUCAGAGCCCGGAGGAACCGCCUGGCCAAGGGCAGUGGGAGGCUUUGUGGGUGCGGACACAGGAUGGAUAGUAACCCCAUUCUAUACACUUAAAGGAAUAAAGAGACUUCAAUGUGAAAAAAAAAA